AGUGACCAUUUUCCCAGUGGUCCAGAAAAAGGGGAAUUGGUUUAUAUCGUGGUUUUGACCCCAGAAAUCAUCGAAGAUGCUGAUGAGCUAGCGUACCUAGGUCACUUGAAGCGUAUGAAAGGUGAGCGAUCUCUCCAUUUCGCUUUCCCGUAUUUGCCCAUCCUUUGCAGAACGGGGCAAGUUAUCGGGGGCAAUGAAAACGGCCAGUUCGCCACUCGAAAGUGUCAAGAGCCCCGGUGCAAUAAAAUGUGCAGUAGAGGGCCCUAGCGGACCACGGUACGGCAGACCCUCCGACCGAUUCGGACCUCCUACGGCCCUUUUCAGCCCACCACUUGCCCGUUUGAGGUACAGAAUCGAGCAUUUGGAUGCGAUUCCGGAUCGCGCUGUCGCACUCGCUACUUCUGACCUCAUCGAGCUUUCCGCAGGCUUCUAUGAGGAUGAAAUCCAACGAGGGGCAGAUUUACGGAUACCCUUGAAGAGUCUUAUCUCCGGCACCAGCAAGUGGCAAACAGAAACCGAAGAUGGAUCAGCCAAGCCAGACGGAGUAUGGCUGCUUGAAGGGCUUGCCUAUCUGAUCGUGGAAAUAAAGAAUGAGCCGGGACUAGGGGGAGAUCCAUUCCUCCAGGGUUUGAUCACCUACAGUAAAAUACUCGCCCAAGAAAAGUACAGUGUCUUCAUUGGCCGAUCAAACCUACCAAUUGUCCUGCUUGCAAUAGCGGGCAACCGCCUCACCGUAUCUACAGCAAUCUUUACCGACUCUAUCUAUGCCGACGAACUUCUCUCGAUCAAACUAGAUUUUGGGCCCCACGCAUCAGACAACGUCCUUCGUGUUGCGCGCAUUUUUAUGGCGAUAGAUGAUUGUGCAAGGGAGCUUCGUGAUCUGUACAGAAGACUCAUCAAUAGCAAUGGCCCAGUCCUAUCAGCUAAAGUUCUGUGGCCAGAACCUACUGUUGUCUCCUCUGACCCUGCCGAAGAGAUUCCAAAACUCGAAUUCAUUUCUAAAGUGCAUCGCUCUCAGGGUACACCGAUCAAUGAACCCACUAUGAAUGAAGAAGACAAGCGACAUGCGAUAUAUCUUGCGACGAUUAAACCGAACAACAGCAAGGGCUCGGACAUGCAAGUUUUAGUCAAGUUUGCUACAAGGUACCAUGAAAACGCUCAUCGUCUGCUUGCCGACCACAAACCCCCCCUUGCCCCUAAACUGUACUCAUGCACACCCGUUGUGGGAGGCAUGCUUAUGGUCAUCAUGGAAUACAUUCCCGAGCCUGAAGGUGCAUCCCUCCACAACAAUCGUCUACAAGAGUCUGCCCUUCAAGUAAUCCACCAGAAUAUUUCCAAGGCUCUUGAACUACUUCACGGACUAGAUCUCGUUUUCGGCGACCUUCGCGAACAAAAUGUGUUAUACUUGCCUUCGAAGAAUCAGGUAUUGCUGGUCGAUUUUGACGGCGUUGGCAAGCACGGAGAGGACAGGUACUCUGCCUGUCUCAACGAGGACACGUCACUCGGUGUGAGGAGGCUACAGAUCAUGGAAAAAUCGCACGAUGAAGAAAAUUUGAAGAGGCUUAUGGUACGACUGAAGAGGUGAACAAUUGGUAUUGGGUGUGCUGGGCACUUGGUCAUGAGAACGUACUCAAUUCGCGUGGUAUCUCAUGCUCGAAUCUUUGUAUCCAGCCUGCUGUACGUUAGAUAAAAGCAAAAACUGCA